AUGUAUGUUUUAUCGUUUGCCGGUUUCUUUAGGUUUGACGAUGUGUCUAGAAUUAGAAGAAGUGAUAUUUCCUUUAGAGCAGGCUUUAUGGUUGUUAAGGUUUUGAAAAGCAAGAAUGACCAGCUCCGUAAAGGUGACGAAGUCGUUAUCUCCCAAUUGUCUAGUUCUGCAUGCCCUGUUGAGUUGCUUAAGAGGUAUUUAGCUAUGUUUAAGAUACCCCCUGACUCCAAAGAUUUCAUUUUCAAGCCCAUUUCUAAAGGGAAGGGCUUUUGUAAGCUUGUUGCCCCUGAUAAGCCAAUUAGUUACUCUACCAUUAGAGGGGCUUUUCGCCGGGACCUGCUAAGUCUCGGAGUUGAACCAUCCAAGUUUGGUUUGCAUUCCCUACGUUCUGGAGGAGCCACUAUGGCUGCGAAUAAUGGAGUAAACGACAGGGUUUUCCAACGACCAUGUCGUUGGAAAUCGGUACAAGCUAAAGACACAUACGUAGACGAUAACCUUGAACAACGACUCGUAGUAUCGCGUUUUCUUGGGCUCUGA